CAAUUCAGGACAGGAUGGCCACGGGCGCCAGUCAGAACCGGGUGGACCACCUCCUCAGUGCCGUGGAGAGCGAGCUGCAGGCCGGCAGCGAGAAGGGAGACCCCACGGAGAAGGGACUGAAAAUAUCCCUGGACGACAACGAACUUUGGCGGACAUUCAAGGAUCUUACGAAUGAAAUGAUAGUGACCAAGAAUGGCAGGCGCAUGUUCCCAGUGCUGAAAGUAAACGUGUCUGGGUUGGACCCGAACGCCAUGUAUUCCUUUUUGCUGGACUUCGUGUCCGGCGAUAAUCACAGGUGGAAAUAUGUGAACGGGGAGUGGAUCCCGGGUGGGAAACCCGAGCCUCAAACCCCCAGCUGCGUGUACAUCCACCCGGACUCUCCAAACUUCGGGGCGCACUGGAUGAAAGCUCCGGUCUCCUUUAGUAAAGUCAAACUCACCAAUAAGCUUAAUGGAGCAGGUCAGAUAAUGUUGAAUUCAUUGCACAAAUACGAGCCACGUAUUCACAUCCUGCGGGUUGGAGGCCCGAGGAGGAUGAUCUCCAGCCACUCUUUCCCAGAGACACAGUUCAUAGCAGUAACAGCAUACCAAAACGAAGAGAUUACUGCUCUUAAAAUAAAGCAUAACCCUUUUGCCAAGGCCUUCCUAGAUGCAAAAGAGAGAAGUGACCACAAAGACAUCACGGAAGAUGCCAUUGAAAACCAGCAGUCAACUUAUUCUCAAUUAGGUGGUUGGUUCGUUCCGAGCUCCAGCCCUCUCUGCCCUCCUGCCAGUCCUCACAGUCAGUUUGGGAGCCCCAUCUCCUUCUCACCGUCCCACGGCUGUGAGCGCUACUCCACCCUGAGGAACCACCGCUCUUCUCCCUACACCAGUCCCUACGGCCACCGCACCAACUCGCCCAGUGAGUUCGGCUACUCGGAUAACUCAGCAGCCUGUCUCUCCAUGCUCUCAAGUCACGAUAGUUGGCCCAGUCUUCAGAUCCCAACACACUCCAGUAUGAUGGACAUGGCCCACAAUUCCACCUCUGCCAACUCUAGUCACUACACCAGCCUGUGGCCUGGGAGCAACUCGCCCCUGACCCACGUGUCCCAGAACGGGGGGAUGAGCAGCCUGAGCUCCCAGUUCCUCCGAGGGCCCAGCAGCCACUACCCGAGCCCGGCUCACUCCGCCACAGUGCCCUCCUCUGGCUCUCCCAUGUACCAGAGCGCCACUGCAGCAGAAGGGCACGACACAGCUGAGUAUGACACUGCCCUACAUGGGCGACUGCCUUUGGCCUGGACUCCCGUGACCCCCCCGUCUCUCUGA